AUGGGUGUUGACUUUGUCUUAUCCUUGGAACGGCCCUGUCUCUUCCAUACACGUCCUUUAGGUGAAGACGAGCCAUCUGGACAUGCUAUGUCCAUGCAGGGACUUUUACUUUCCGAGGCUCCUCAAGAGUUACCCGAUCAAACUUCGUGGGAGAUUCCCGCUCAGCAACUUGACAAGCUCUUCGAACUUUCUGGAUCACUUGGCUUGGAAGGCGUUAUUACACCUGUGCAAGCAUGGAAUAGGAUUGUUGAGCAAUACAAUAUUGCUCAAUUGCCGAGUGGCCAGUUGAAUAUGUUGAGAUCUGCCAUGGUCCCGCACAUAGAAUGCUUUGGGUUCGGAGCACUCAUGGAGGAGGAUAUUUUCGAGAGGCUUCUGAAUGAUAUCUUUCAAUAG